UUGAUGGCAGCGCUGGAGCGCGCCCAGGGCAGCGCGCCGCGGGGACCCGAGCACAAGAUGUGCCGCCGGGCGGGAAGCAGCGACCGCAGCAGCUCCGGGGGGUCGGACGGGGACGGGCGUCCCGCGGGGGCCAGUCAGCUCUCCUGACCUGCGUGCGUCCUCUCCCCCGCCCGGCGCUCCCCCCAAAGAAUGUCAGCCAAGUCCAAGGGGACCACAUCCUCCUCCGCCACCUCCUCCUCGGUGUCCUCUCCAGCCGAAGGGCUGCCGGCCGCCUCCAAAGCCAAGGUGAAGGAGCAGAUCAAGAUCAUCGUGGACGAUCUGGAAUUAGUCCUGGGGGACCUGAAGGACGUGGCCAAAGAACUGAAGGAGGUGGUUGACCAGAUUGAUACCCUCACUUCUGACCUACAGCUGGAGGAUGAGAUGACUGACAGUUCCAAAACUGACACAUUGAACAGCAGCUCAAGUAGCACAACAGCAUCAAGUUUGGAAAAAGUCAAGGUGCGAACCAAUGCACCACUCAUCAAACCCCCAGCCCAUCCAUCUGCCAUUCUCACAGUACUAAGGAAGCCUAAUCCACCACCACCUCCUCCACGAUUGACUCCUGUGAAGUGUGAAGACCCUCAAAGGCCAGUUAUCCCUGCCAACCCUGUAAAAACGAAUGGGACUCUAUUGCGAAAUGGAGGUUUACCAGGAGGACCAAAUAAAAUUCCAAAUGGAGAUAUAUGUUGUAUACCUAAUAGUAAUUUGGACAAAGUUCCAAUGCAACCUCUGAUGCAUAGACCUGAAAAAGACAGGUGUCCUCAGCCUGGAACAAGGGAACGGGUACGAUUUAAUGAAAAGGUGCAGUACCAUGGCUAUUGUGCUGACUGUGAUGUUCGGUAUAAUAUUAAAAAUAGGGAGGUUCACUUGCACAGUGAAUCUGUUCAUACACUGGGAAAGCUUCCUCACCAAUGUCCUCCUUUACCACCACCACCACCACCUCCCCCACUUCCUCCUUUUUCACUUGAAAAUGGGGGAAUGGGAAUAAGCCCCAGUAGUAGCUUUCCCCCUCUCAGACCUGCAACUGUGCCUCCACAAACUGCACCAAAACCCCAGAAGACCAUCUUGAGGAAAUCGACCACUACAACAGUGUGAUGUAUCCCACCUGGAAAACUG